AUGACACAUAUACGUUACAUUUUUCUGAUAUCAUUAUUGAUACGAGCUGAUGGUGCAAAACGAUCAUCUGAAUUAUCACGUCUACUCAUUAUUUCACUGGAUGGAUUUCGUCAUGAGUAUUUAAAUCAAUAUGAAUUUCCUAUAUUGAAUCAAUUUCGUAAUGAAGGCGUACAAGCAACACAAGGAAUGAAACCGACAUUUACGACAAUGACAUUUCCGAACCAUAUUUCUAUUGCGACAGGAAUGUAUCAAGAAGAUCAUGGUAUCGUACAUAACUCAUUCUUCGAUCGACUAUUGAAUAGGACUAUUGGAAUGGGUAAUCGUGACGAUGGACAAUGGUCUGAUCCGAAUGUCGAACCAAUAUGGAUUACUGCGACUAAACAAAAUAUAAAAUCUGCUGUUCUUUUUUGGCCAGCGUGCCAUAAUAAAUUUCAUGGGAUUCGUCCACUUAUCUAUAGUUGGUCGUAUACUGAUGAUAUACCGUUUCGUGAAAAAAUUGACAAUGCCAUUGGUUACUUCCGCGAAUUACCUGUUCAACUCGUUCUGCUAUAUCAUUUUGAACCAGAUAAACAAGGGCAUACAUAUGGGCCGGACUCCAUAGAAGUACACGAUACAUUGGUGCGUCUUGAUGGUGAUAUUGGAUAUUUAUUAGAUAGAGUACAGAAGGAUCUCGGUGAUGAUUUAAAUAUAAUUAUAUUGUCCGAUCAUGGUAUGACAAAUGUAACAAAAGUAACAAGGCCGUUCUAUGAAAAAUAUCUUAAUCGAUCAUCGGUUGACUCAAAUAUUCUCUCUGGUGCAUUAUUCAAUGUAAUGCCAAAUAGUGGAAACACUGAAGAAGUUUUCAAUAGUCUAAGUAAAAUUCCUAAUGUGACCGUAUACAAACGUGACGAAAUGCCAGAACGUUUUCAUUAUUCAAAACCAAAACAUCGACUUGGAGAACUUACUGCACUGACCGAUACCGAAGGUCACAUUUUAUCGCCAGCAACAACUAAUGCAGCUUAUCCAAAUAAGGGUAAUCACGGAUGGGAUAACGCAGUAAAAUCAAUGCAAGCAAUAUUUAUGGCUCGCGGUCCUUUAUUUAGUAAAAGUAUUCAAAUUGAUUCACUUAAUAACGUUGAUAUCUAUCAUAUUGCUUGUCACAUUCUUAAAAUCAAUCCGAAUCCGUAUGCUAACGCUGGUUCCCUUGCUAAUCUAACCAGUCUAUUUGCUCGCAUCGAAAAUACUUCAACACAAACUACUUUCACAUCUUCCAAUACAACUACAGCAAGACUUACUACAGAACUAUUCUUUACGACUAAAAGCCGUGCUCACUGCUUGUGUUUCUCUCGUCAUUUUCUUAUUGCACUAAUGUUCUUCGUAUUAUCUUUCACUCUUUGA